UAAAAAAGUGACAAAAACGAGAACAGACAGUGACUUACUCAAAGAUUUCCACUUCAGACAAACAAACUGAAGGUAUAUAAAGUCUGUGUUUCCAUCUCUGAGACAUCCUGUGAGCAGAAACUGCUGCUGGAACAGACUCUUCAACUAAUCAUCAAAACAAGAUGGCUGCAGGUCUUGUCUUCACUCUGCUUCUUGGUCUGAGCUUUGGACUCUGGGAUGGAGCUGAUGCAUGUCAACUGAAAGAAAUUACACCAGCUGACUGCCCUCCUGGUUGGACUUGGUUCCAGCGUCGCUGUUUUGUGUUUGUGAAUGAUCAAAAGUCCUGGGCUGCAGCAGAGAAUGACUGCCUCUCAAAGAAUGGAAAUCUGGCCUCAUUCCAAUCUUCAGAUGAGUACAGCUUCAUCAAAAACCUUGUCUACCAGACAACUGGCAAUUACACAAGAAGUUGGAUUGGAGCUCAUAGUACAUUGAUUGACAGUACCUGGUUGUGGAGUGAUGGUUCCAGGUUUGUGUUUUAUCACUGGACUCGAAAUAUCGCAUCUGAAGGGAAAAAAUGCAUGGACAUCAAUGUAGAAGGACAGUCUCUUUUGCUUGGUAAUAAAUGUACCACGAAGCUUCCCUACAUCUGUGCCAGAGUCCCAUAACUUUUCUCUUCUAAUACCUAAAAAUCUGAAAUGCCCAUAUGGCUUUCCUGCUGGUGAUGUCACUUCCACCUGAAUGUCAAGCCUCGAUGACAUCACUGCUGGAAGAACCUUAUUUCACUUUAUUUGAUCACUUAAAUAAAUGUUCUCUUUUUCUGAAA